GGUCAACUGUGAAUUUCAAAACCCUUCUUUUAUAAACAAAAAGCCUCAGCGCUCUGCAACAACAAACAACAAAAAACCUUCAUUUUUUAAAAAAAAAAUGCUAAGCUCUCUACAACCACCUCGCACCCUCUCUCGCUUCCCUUCAAAACCCAUCUAUCUAUUCCGCAAAACCUCCCUUAAACCCUUAUCCUCACAACCCAUCACCAACUCCACUCUCACCGACCAAUCCCAGUCCCAAACCCACUCACAGAUCCUCUCCAUCCGCCAUUCCCUCCUCUGUGGCCAACUCACCGCCACCCAGCUCGUCGAGUCCUUCCUCACCCGCCUCCGACAAACCGAGCCCCACCUCAGGUCCUUCCUCCAUGUCUCCGACACCGUCCUCAGACAAGCCAACGAGCUAGACGAGAAAAUCAAGCGGAAUGAGGAAGUGGGUCCCUUGGCUGGAGUUCUCGUCGGCGUCAAAGAUAAUAUCUGUACGGCUGGUAUGCCUUCCACUGGUGGGUCACGAAUUCUGGAAGGUUAUCAGCCGCCUUUCGAUGCCACUGCUGUGAGGAAGAUCAAGGAAUUGGGUGGGAUUGUGGUGGGCAAGACCAAUUUGGAUGAGUUCGGCAUGGGUAGCACCACUGAGGGCUCUGCUUUUCAGGUGACUGCAAAUCCGUGGGAUGUGUCUCGGGUGCCAGGAGGUUCAUCUGGAGGCUCUGCCGCAGCUGUUUCGGCCAGGCAGUGUGUGGUAUCACUAGGAAGUGAUACUGGUGGAAGUGUAAGGCAACCAGCAUCAUUCUGCGGUGUUGUUGGGUUGAAGCCCACUUAUGGACGUGUCUCCAGAUUCGGACUUAUGGCAUAUGCUUCUUCACUUGAUGUCAUUGGUUGCUUCGGUUCGUCUGUUGAGGAUGCUGGAAUUCUCCUGCAAGCGAUUUCCGGUCACGAUAAACUUGAUGCUACAAGUAGUAAGCAAGAGGUUCCUGACUUCACAUCUCAGUUUAUUUCCCUAAAUUUGUUGGAAUCUAAGCCUUUGAAGGGACUUAGGAUUGGUCUGAUCCGGGAAACUCUUGAUGAUGGUGUUGAUAGUGGAGUAAAUAGUGCAAUUCGUGGUGCUGCUUCACAUCUAGAAGAGUUAGGAUGCUCUGUGUCAGAGGUUUCAUUACCAUCUUUUUCCCUUGGAUUGCCAGCUUACUAUAUUCUUGCUUCUUCUGAAUCAUCUUCCAACUUAUCCCGUUAUGAUGGUGUUAGGUAUGGAAACCAAGUUACUGCUGAUGAGUUAAAUGCUCUAUAUGGGGAUUCCCGAGCAAAGGGAUUUGGUCAUGAGGUCAAAAUGAGGAUUUUAAUGGGAACAUAUGCCCUUUCAGCUGGUUAUUAUGAUGCAUAUUACAAGCGUGCACAGCAGGUAAGAACCAUAAUCCAGAAAAGCUUUAAGGCUGCCCUCGAUGAACAUGACAUCCUAAUUUCACCUGCUGCUCCAUCUGCUGCUUAUAAGAUUGGUGAAAAGAAAAACGAUCCAUUGGCAAUGUAUGCAGGAGAUAUAAUGACUGUGAAUGUCAACUUAGCAGGGUUACCUGCAUUGGUUUUACCAUGUGGAUUUGUUGACGGGGGGUCUGCUGGCCUUCCUGUAGGUCUUCAAAUGAUUGGUGCACCAUUUGACGAGGAAAAGUUGCUCAAAGUGGGACAUGUCUUUGAGCAGACUCUUCAAAAUUGCAGAUUUGUUCCUCCAAUUAUAACAGAUGAUGUUGCAAGCUAGCAAACCAAUUGAUCUUUCACCACGCUGGGGAUUCAAGAAGCCAAACCCAUGUUCUGGAGGCAUUGUGGAUGACGUUGUGCAUGCAACUUCAGUAACUGGAGAAAUGUUGAGAUUUUCUUUUUUCUUUUUUUCUUUUUUUGGUUUUGUUUUUUGUUUUUUGUUCUUUUGUUUUUUUGUUUUUUUUUUUUCACACAUUUCUUGAUAUUAUUGUUAUUUGUUUUGGUUGCAAAUUUGGCACAUAAAAGACAUGUAAUGUGUUUUACUGGAUGAGAAAGUUGCUUGUAUUAAUAAGUUCAUUUAAAGUAAAAUGUUUCUUCCUUCAAUAAAUAAAUAAAAUGUUUUUGUUUUUGGUUUA